AUGUCCGAGCCGCACUCCGGACCGGUCUCAUUGGCGCGAUAUCGUCCUAUCCUGUACCUUUUUACCGGCGUAGCAGCUGCCUACGCCCUGCUAUACAUACAUAACAAUGUUGUCUCCCCGCAGUCUUCGGAAGCCUCACUCCGUCGUCGCAACGCCGUGCGCCGCACUCGUCGAACCGAAGCCGAAGAACUGGGCCUCACCGGAACACCAUCCUACCGCGCAAUCACCCACCUGGAGCAGCUAGAGCGUCAGAAUGGCGUAUACGGGACAUUUCGCAUUGAGACAGAAGACGGACGACGUGUGGAAAGUGGUCUGCUGCCGUCGUUGCUGGCAACACGCGACCAGCUGAUGGAGGAAGUGGGUGUUCCUCCAGCUCACGCGGAGCGCAUGCGUGAAAUGAUGGAGGAUACCUUUCUCGAAUCCUUUUUGGCCUUGGAUUUCCCUGCUUCGCACACCCUACCGGAGGACACUCCUGAACGCACCUACUUGACAGAGCAGCUACAACGACGGGGAAUCUCCCGGGCUGGAAUCGAAAGAGCGCUCAUCCGUUUCAAUGGCGAUGAGAACUACGGCGACCAAUUGCGUCAGCGCAGACAAAACGGCGAGCGCGUCACCCUUUCAACCUCGACUUUCCCCGACGUGGCUGCAUCCGCUCAGAACCCCGAAGCCGCAGAGGCCCCGGCCGAUGACCAGAGUGUUUUUUCGUGGCGCGACGGCAACAAUGACGCAUCUCCUACCCGCGAAGGCCAAAAUCUGCUCAACUUAUUAUACCAUAUUGCGGAGGAUCAGGCACGGAGAGAUGGCUAUAUCCAUCGUGGUGUGACCUGCAACAGCUGCGGUGCCAUGCCUAUCCAGGGGAUACGGUACCGAUGUGCGAACUGCAUUGAUUACGAUCUCUGUGAGACAUGUGAGGCAAUGCAGGUACAUAUCAAAACCCAUCUGUUCUACAAAGUCCGGAUUCCAGCUCCAUUCCUUGGAAAUCCUCGCCAGUCUCAGCCAGUGUGGUACCCUGGCAAACCAGCCAUGCUACCUCGGAGCCUCCCCCGACCUCUUGCUAAGCGCCUGAUGAGGGAAACCAGCUUCGAAAACACUGAACUCGAUGCACUUUGGGAUCAAUUUCGCUGUCUUGCAAACUACGAAUGGGCCGACGAUCCAAAUAAGCUCUACAUGGCGAUCGAUCGCAAGACCUUCGAUCGAUGCUUUGUACCAAACACGUCUAUUCGACCCCCUCCUCCAAGUCUAAUUUAUGACCGCAUGUUUGCCUUCUAUGACACUAACAAUGACAACCUGAUCGGAUUUGAAGAGUUCCUGAAGGGACUGGCCAGCCUCAAUAAUAAAAGCAACGAAGAAAGACUACGCCGUGUGUUCCGCGGAUAUGAUAUUGAUGGAGAUGGCUACAUUGAGAGGAAAGAUUUCCUUCGCGUCUUCCGGGCCUACUAUACACUCAGUCGAGAGCUCACUCGCGAUAUGGUUGCUGGAAUGGAAGACGACUUUCUGGAAGGAGGAGCGCGUGAUGUUGUCCUUGGCAGCCAACCGAUCAGCUCUGCAUUCCCGGGCAACAUCCCAUCGGGCGAAGCCUCGCGUAUUGGCGAAGGCAAGCGACCUAACCUGGAAGGCGAUAUGGAGCUUGUUGACCACGGAGGCAUUUUGCGACAUGAUGGUAACGAUGUCGGUGAUCGCCAUUUGGUCAUCGGUGAUUCGGCCGUGAGGGAACAAUUUGGUCGGACAAGGCCGAUGUUCCCAUCGACUCUACGACUCCCAGCGACUGGCUCAGAUUCUCGUGGGCCUAACCCGGCUCCGCCCGGGGACGAGGAGGAUGGCGACGAUAACGACGGCGACGAUGUUGACGACGACGAGGAGGAGGAGGUAGAAGAAGAUGAUGACGAUGAUACCGAGUCUGACGCAUCUGGCUCAUCAGCAGGUAGCGGUGGCUGGCCGCCAGCUGAGCACCUCCUCGAAGACGACAUUAUUCACGCCCUCGGAACGUAUGUGCCCCCUCAGGAAAUUACCGAUCCGAUCGAUAGAGCUCGAGUGGUGACAACGAUUUACCACAGGAUGCGCGACGAUGACAGAAGACGGAUUGACGAAGCCCGGCGACAUGGUAUUGACGAACGUUGGCGGAGAAGAGCGUUCUAUACCGAUGAAGAGGACGGCGCUUCCAUUCCCGAUGGCUAUCAGAAAGACCCGAACUUCGACGACCUCUCCGAGGAUAACGAUUCUGUGGAUGUCCGGUUCCAGGAUGAUCUCACAGAUGACUAUGAUAUUCGAUCUAACCCCUCAACUUCCUCUCGGAGUAUCCCAGUCGGCGAGCGGUGGGGUGGCUUUGAGAUCCCGGAGGUUGAAAAGGAUGUCGGCAAAGAAAUUCUCUACCAAGUUACUCAACAGGGCUUUAACGAACUACUCGAUCUUUUGUUCAAGCAAAAGGAGGACCUGCUCAUGGAAGUCUGGCGUACCCGUACAGACCGCAAAGUCUGGUCCCAUGAAAUCGAUCUCGUGCAGCAUACAGGGCCACCGCCAGAGCCUCCCAAAGAACAAGAACGGGUGCCCAAUAAUGAAGAAGAGCUCGAGGAAAUGACUAAAGAUCAACCUCUUGACGACCUUCUUGAGAGUGCUGGAUAUUCAGUGGUACAAAGCCCUGCUUUGGAACCUACCAACCCAGUCCUGGCCCCUCCACUGCCUGACUCCUUGUUGCAAGACGACGAUGUCCGACCAGUGCACCUUUCCAACCCGGAAGAUGACAAUGGGCUUGGACAGGACCACUCUUUCGAUCAAAUGGACGAUGAAGACGUCACAGACAGCAGUUCACUCGCUUCCUACGAACUAGAAGAACAAAUUCUGAACACAGAAGACAUCUCCUUCGAAGAAGAAUCCUCGGACGAAGAGCCGGAAUCCUUCAUCGAUGAAUCAGCCGACUACGAUCCCACACUCCCACAAUUCCGUCCUGAUGUCGCUGAUGUCGCAUGCCAUGCCUCCCCUCACAGCACAGCGACCUCCGAUCUCCCAGAUCGCCUCCGCCUCGAACCAAAUGGUACAACUUCCCUUCCAGCGCCUCCAUCCCCACAAGCUUCCCCACAAGCAGAAGCAGUUGCACCAAAACUCCCUCCCUCCCCAAUGCAACCCUUACCACCACCAUCAAAAUCCAUCCAACCCGCAGCAGCGCAGGAUAACAUCACACCCCGACGCCCCUCUAAUCGUACCCUCGUCCGAUGGGCCUAUCUAAACCAGGUCGAGCGAGACGCCAAAGAGCGCGGUGGAAGCGGAGCAAGACUCAACUUUGACGAAUUCUCGCACCGUAUGGCUGCAGACAAGGGACGCCGGUUGGCCUUUGUCGCUAGUUGGAUUGAAAUGGCGAGUUUCUAG